AUGUUAACCGACACUCAGCCUAACACCCCCGCCGGCUGGCAGACCUACGCCUCCCUGAGAGAGGUGACCGAGAUCCCUGCAACUGCAGAUGCCAGUCGCGAUGAAAGCGGAAGAACGGAGACUCAUCGGAACAUCUACCUGGAAGGCGCGGGCAUUCUCCAGAAGCCGUUGCUCGACUGCGAGAUCUACACCGACGUUCUCGCCUUCACUGAGGGAGGCGAGGUGAUUUUGUCUCCGGACGAAGAUACGACGAUGGAGAUCAAUGCCCGCGUCCUGACGGCUGAUCAGCCGGUGCACCUAAACAUGACCAAGGCUGGAGCUCGGAGCAGCGCCCUGAUGAUCUACGCGGCGGUGGUCGACCAGCCCAUCAGCGUCUCAGUCGAGGGGACGCAGCGCACCACCCUGGAUCUGGGCCCCGACUCGGGCCAUGUUGGUGCAGAGAUCGACUUCACCGACGGGCAGCUGAAGGUUUCUUACACCGCGCGGCACGAGUACGACGCCACCGAGAUCUACCAAGCCUUCCUCGCAACGGAGCUGCGCCUAGCCCUUGCCCUCUUCUGGAGCCGGCCGGCAAUCGCCAUCUCCAUCUGCUCCUACGUCGCCCAGUCGACCUACAACAUCCAGGCACACAGUCUAUCCAACGCGCAGGCUGUGUCCCUGGGCCAGCAGCUGGCCGCCCACGCUAUGGCGGGCCCCAGGGCCAAGUAUGCGCCCACGCUCCCGUUCCAGCGAUACCAUGACACCAUGAAAGACCAGCUCGAGGCGGCAAAGGUGUUCGAGGACCAAUACCAGCGCUUCCAAGACAAGGACUCCGAAGUGGCCGACAAGAUCGCGGCCUGGACCACCAUGCUGCAGAACGCGCAGGACCAGCGCGCCACCCGCCUGAGUGUGCAGUCCCAAACCUUGGCCAAGUAUCAGGACGCCCGCAGCACGGCCGACGCGUGCGCCAAGCAGCUGAGUGACGACGACGACGAGCUCCAGGACGCAAAGGAUGUCUUCGAUCAAGGUCUUGUGGAUUGGGAGAAAGGACAGAUCCUCAAAGCGGCGUUUGCAAUCCUGUCUGCCAUCUUUGAGUUUGCGUUUGGCAUCGCCGAAUUGUGUAUUGGAAAUGAUCCGGGAGGCGCCGCCAAGGGAGUGGAAGACGCCGUCGAGAGUGUGGAAAAGGUAGAGGAAGGAGCAGCCGAAGCCGGCCAGAUCAUGACCUCAAGCACCCUGCAGAAGCUAUCGACAUUCACCGAGGCACUGCAGAAGCUCUACCCGAAGGUCGAUGCGCUGGUCGCGGCGGCGAAUAAGUUGGCCGCUCUUCCAGGGGGCGACGAGGUGGAUCUUCCCUCCUUGAACGAUAUCUCUGGCUCCGGAGGCUCCGAUGCCGAUUCCAGUCUGAUCACUAGCCUGGCGGCCUGGGAUGACUGGGAAUUGGAGUGCGAUCAGCAGAUGGAGUGGGCGGCUGACCAAGAGAAAAUUGGCGGCGCCAGCCAGUUUCGACUAGCCCUGCGCAAACACGCGGUGCAUGGAAGAGCGCUGGCCCAGGCCCAGGCCGAAGCCAUCAAGCAGGGCCAGCAGUAUGUGCAAACAACGCUGGAGGUCCUGCAGUCGGACCAGGAUAUCCAGAACCUCCAAACCUUGCUGGAUACCUACCAUGGCGAGGAGGCGAUCUAUGCCGCCGGCCAGGCCCAGUUCUACGACCGAUUCCUGCAGUUGAAAACCAGCCUGGCAAUUCAGCUCCAAUACAUCAUCGACGCCUAUCGCUUCUACGCCCUGCAGGACAGCCAGGUGAGGCUGGAGUCGCAGCAGUCAGUCGGCGACUUCCAACAAAAUCUGUCGACGCUGCAGACGGAGAUGCAGAACGUCGAUAACCAAUAUGCCGAGGAUUUCACUCCGUUUAACUAUUAUGUGUACUCUGAUGAGCUGCCCUCCAACUUUCCGCGGCUUGUCAUCGAUGGGCUCAAAGACAGCAGUCAAGGCCACAAGGCUACCUUCACUCUCGUUGCCACGCCACAGGCCAGUUCGCAGGCGGGGGAGCACAAUUUCGCCUAUCCCUUCACGAAUGGCUCUCACUACCGACUAGACGGGUUGGAAAUCCAGCUCAUGGAUGUGAAGCCGCGUCCCGAGGCCGUUCACGACGGACGCGCAGUGGUUAGUCUCAAGAUCGAGACGUCCGGGUCGUACAGCGACAUCCAGCGUGACCAGGUCUUCUACUUCGUCAGCCCAAUGCAGCAAAAACGCUUUUCGUAUGAAAUCGGUCCCGACGGCAGCUUUCUACGCAUACGCGACAAGGCCAUAUUCGAGCCGACCAACCAUGCGGAACCACCGCCCUUUACCCAGUGGACCAUUACCCUGGAGACGCCCGAGAAUGUCGACAUGAGUACCCUGAACAAAAUCCAGCUUCACUGGAAUGGAAAGUAUCGGCCCUACUGA